UUGGCGGAACAGGUUGAAGUGGUUUCCAAGGCUAGCGCGGAGCCCGUGUUGUUUUUAAGUUUAGAUUUUUGUGAGAAGGCUGAGAAAAGUAAAAGAAAACAAACACCGCCCUGCAGACGUGUACUUAAAGCGCUGCAUCUUCUCUGGGCAGAGGAUGACUUUUAUUGACCGUCUUGAGAGGUGUCAGCUGAGUCAGAAGCUGACGGAGGAGGCAUCCUUUAGAGGAGCCGAAGAGCCCGCAGUGUUUUUUACCUGCUGUGCGGUCGCUUUGUGUUUUGGAUGUGGAAGGAUAAUGAGAGGAUAAAUUAUUGUUUGGUUCUGUUGGAGCGUGUGGUCGCAGCAUUUUGACUUUUUAAGUUCAGCUAUAUUGAAGUUUCACAUUAUUUGCACGGUGCUUUUUACAGAGUUGUGGGAGAAAACUGAUUAAAACAAGAGUUUGACAUCGAACCUUCAUUUUUUUUCUUGACACUGUUUUGGAAACAAACUUUGAGAAACUGUCGAUCUCCGUGGUGCGCGCCACCUACUCACUUCCCAGCAUUCCCUGCCUGGGAUCCCCGUGGCCUUGAAACAAUCCAUUGACCUGCGAACUUCCAUGGAUGGGAAAUACAAGGAGAUCGCCGAGGAGCUGUUCUCCCGCAGCCUGGCCGAGAGUGAGAUGCGGAGCGCCCCCUACGAGUUCCCGGAGGACAGCCCCAUCGAGCAGCUGGAGGAGAGACGCCAGCGCCUAGAGCGACAGAUCAGCCAGGAUGUCAAGUUCGAACCCGACAUCCUCCUGAGAGCCAAGCAGGAGUUCAUGAAGACUGACAGCGCCACAGACCUCGAAUACAUGAAGGAGCAGAGCCAAAUGCCCGACCUGCAAGAGAGAGACGUGGUCCCAGAGAGAGAGUACCAGCGAGUCAGCAUUUCAGGAGAGGAAAAGUGCGGGGUACCGUUCACAGAUCUGUUGGAUGCCGCCAAAUGUGUGGUGAAGGCUCUGUUCAUCAGACAGAAGUACAUGGGCCUGUCGCUGCAGAGCUUCUGCAGGACCACCGCUCGUUACCUGCAGGAGCUGAGCGAGAGGCCUCUGGACUUAGACAUCUAUGAGGAGGAGAUGCCAGAGACCUCAUCCACCGCAGAUGGCACGGUGCACCCGCCUGUUUCUGAAACGCACCCCUACGAGAACCAGGACGUUGCCAGCUUGCCCCCCGAUAUGGGGUACGGCUGCAAGAUGGUGGACGGCGUCGUGCACGUGUACACGGCGAGGAACGUUAUGGACAAGAGCACAGAGCUGGACCUGCCGUAUCCAGACCUGCAGGAGUACAUCGCUGAUAUGAACGUCAUGAUGGCCCUCAUCAUCAACGGGCCGGUAAAGUCCUUCUGCUAUCGCCGUCUGCAGUACCUCAGCUCCAAAUUUCAGAUGCACAUCCUGCUGAAUGAGAUGAAAGAGCUGGCAGCGCAGAAAAAAGUCCCACAUCGAGACUUUUACAACAUCCGUAAGGUUGACACACACAUUCAUGCUUCAUCCUGUAUGAACCAGAAGCACCUCCUGCGUUUCAUAAAGAGGGCCAUGAAGAAGUAUCCUAAAGAUAUCGUGCACGUGGAGAGGGGCAAGGGUCAGACGCUCAUGGAGGUGUUCGAGAGCAUGAACCUGACGGCCUUCGACUUGAGCGUUGACACCUUGGACAUGCAUGCAGACCGAAACACUUUCCAUCGAUUCGACAAGUUCAACGCCAAAUACAAUCCCAUUGGGGAGUCCAUCCUGAGAGAGAUCUUCAUCAAGACAGACAACUACAUCGAGGGGAAAUACUUUGGUCACAUUAUUAAGGAGGUGAUGGCCGACCUGGAGGAGAGCAAGUACCAGAACGUGGAGCUCAGACUGUCCAUCUACGGACGCUCCAGAGACGAGUGGGACAAACUGGCCAAGUGGGCCGUCAAGCAUAAGGUCCACUCCAAUAACGUCCGUUGGCUUGUCCAAGUGCCACGACUCUUUGACGUUUACCACACAAAGAAGCAACUGUGCAACUUCCAAGAAAUGCUGGAGAAUGUCUUCAUGCCUCUGUUUGAGGUCACGGUCGACCCCCGCAGCCACCCGGAGCUGCACCUCUUCCUCCAGGACGUUGUGGGUUUUGACAGCGUGGAUGAUGAAUCAAAACCAGAGCAACACAUCUUCAACCUGGACAGUCCGCUGCCAGUCAACUGGACAGAGGAGGACAACCCGCCCUAUUCCUACUACCUCUACUAUACGUAUGCAAACAUGACGGUGCUGAAUCACCUGCGCAGACAGCGGGGCUUUAACACACUCGUCCUCCGUCCUCACUGCGGGGAGGCAGGGCCGAUCCAUCACCUGGUGUCUGGUUUCAUGCUGUCAGAGAAUAUCUCCCACGGGCUGCUGCUCAGAAAGGCUCCCGUGCUGCAGUACCUGUACUACCUGGCCCAGAUAGGCAUCGCCAUGUCUCCUCUCAGCAAUAACAGUCUGUUCCUCAGCUACCAUCGUAACCCUCUGCCGGAGUACCUGUCCAGAGGCCUCAUGGUCUCUCUGUCUACUGAUGACCCGCUGCAGUUUCACUUCACCAAGGAGCCCCUGAUGGAAGAAUACAGCAUUGCUGCUCAAGUGUGGAAACUGAGCUCCUGUGACAUGUGUGAGCUGUCCAGAAACAGUGUACUGAUGAGUGGAUUCUCACACAAGGUGAAGAGCUACUGGCUCGGCCCAAACUACUUCAAGGAGGGGCAGGAGGGCAACGACAUACGGCGCACCAACGUUCCCGACAUCCGCGUGGCGUACCGCUACGAGACCAUGGUCGAGGAGCUGAAUCUGAUCACGCAGGCCAUCCGCACAGACGAGCUGGAGACCAUCGAGGAGGAGGGGAGUCUGUGCAUGGGAGCCGUGCAGGCGGAGAAGUGAACGUGCAAGCGCAGCACAACAAGUCUCGCCACAUUCCCCGUUUUUCCACAUCAGGACAUUGUACAGAUUUGCACAGAAAACAUAUCACGUGUGUGAAAAGAGGAAAGCUGUGGUAAGAUUUACAACUGUGGCAAUAUGAAAGAGGACCUACAAUCUGUGUACCUGAGCUGGUGACUUCCUUUAGUUUCUCUGAGUCGUCCUUGGUUUAAUUUGAAUGGUGAAUUUCAUAUUGUCUCUUGAUCGUUUGUUUUGGGAAUUAUUAUAUUUUCAUAUUUUGUGACUGUUUAUGUCGGCGUUCAUGUGCAAUGUGUGUAUUUCCUGUGAAUCAUCAAUCAGUCAUUGAAUCAUUCAAAACAUUUUCACAUGAAAAGUUUCACCCAUUAUUUUUAUUUAUUUAUUUUUUUUUUUUAAAGCCACUGGAUCCAACACUGACUGAUUAAAGAAAGACCUGGAACAGUUUUAUAAAGAGAUGAACCUCUAACAUCCACAUGGGGGCGCAGUUGAGGCAGCGUUGAGGACACUGAGGUCAUGGUUGUGCUUUCUUCUCCCGCAGUUUGGGGAUUUUUGGCAUUUUGACCGGAUUGAAGCACUUUUAAUCGACAGCGUGCACGUUUUACAAACUGAUUAAAUUCGGAGUAAUGAUAACACAGAAUUUUAUUUUUUCGGUGCAUCCUUGAAAGUUUCCUUGGAAGCUUUCUUUAGUUUGGUGCUAAAAAAAACAAGUUUAGUUAGUUAUUUGCUGCAACUAGUUAUAGCAGAAAUGCACAAGUUAAAACUUAGCACGGCUGUCAUGCAAACAUCUAAGACAUUUAAGACGUUACAAAAAGUGUAACUCUUAGCUCAGUUUGAAUCUGACUUGGUAAAGCUACAGCUAAUGUUAUACUUGAUUACUAUAUAUAAACAUGAGCAAAAAUCUAAUUAAAAACUGUUGUAGGCUGGGAACAGUUUAUGGUGUCAUGCUUGCGAGAGAUUUAAAUUGGUGCUUCAGAUGUUUACAAUUAAUACGAGAUUUACACAUUAGUAAUAAGGUAAUUAGAUAAGUGCACCUUGAUCUAAUAAAUAUAAUGGUUUGUAAUAAUUAACUACUUCUGUGCAGAAAACUCUUCUGAAGAUGUGGUCCAAUUUGAACAGAAUAUAAAUGCAGUUUCAGGCGGAGUUGAGGUGGAAUGAUGAGUUCGGUGUUUCUAAAAUCCUGGCGACUGUUGACUAUAUCACGACGCUUUGCUGCGAUGUCGGCUCCCUGUUCACGGUUGACACAUUCAGUUCCUCAUGCUGUACGACUGGAAGAAGAAUCUCCAGCUUCAGUGUUGCUGCAGUGUUUGUGUUGUUGUUUUCUCCCCCCCCCAGUCUUUCCAGUGUUUCUGUGGCGUUGCAUGAGGAGACAUUGGUAUUUGUUCCAGGUUUGUUCGCUUGUCUCUUAUUAUUCUCGCUCCUGUUUUGUGACUCUGGUACCAUCUGUCCUUUACAGAUAUAUUUCAUGUACAUUCUGAGUAAUAGUACAGUGUGUGAUGCAUGAUGAUCUGUUCCUUCCGUUUUUCACUCCUUGCACAAGUUCAACCAGUGCCAAAUACAUGAAAGAAAAUAAUCUUUUUGACUUCUGGAAGCUAACCAGCCCUUUUCAAACUCCUGCCUUCAGUUCGGGUCCUGGUGUCAUCAGUAGGGCUCGUUGUUGCUGCUCAAAAGCACUAUGUGUCCUCCCAGAGAAUUGUAUGUGCUACUUGUGAAAUAUUAUUUAAUGCCAUGUGUGUCAGAAAUAAAUAUUAUUCAUGUUGGGA